CCUCGUUGAUAAAUCCUCACCUCGCCUCACUUUACACCCCCCUCCCUCCGCUCUCCCCCUCUCCCCCUCUCCCCCUCACCAUUUCCCCCGAUCCACACCGUUGCGCCCCAUUCCCCCUCCCCCGACUCCCGGAUCCCCUCGAUCCUUCUCGAGGUUGGACAGUAGCUGGCGAGUCAUUUCUGCUUGGAUGAUGAUAUUUUGCAUCUGCUGUUAACUUGUUAGCUAGUUCUUUCAAUUUCAGCGGAAUGUCAGGGCUGCUCAAUUCAAACCUUAAUGGUUCCAGUUCGAAUCUUCCUGAUUCGACAGGAAGGCCUUUUGCAACUUCUUUUUCUGCUCAUUCUGCGUCGGUUCCUGGUUUUCAUUCCGGUGCUAUGCAAGGGCUGCACAACAUUCAUGGAACCUUCAAUCUACCAAAUAUGCCAAGCUCACUAACACAACGGCAUGCAGCAAUGAGUGGCAUCCCUUCCACCGGUGUUCAGCAACCCGGUGGAAGCAUAUCAAGCGGUCGAUUUGCUUCAAAUAAUCACCCAGUUUCUAUAUCGCAGAUCCCGCAUGGACAUUCUGGUGUCACUAGUAGAGGAGGUAUGGGUGUUGUUGGAAAUCCUGCAUUUAGUAGUGGCAUGAAUUCGAUUGGUGGCUCAAUACCAGGUAUAUCCUCAAGCUCGGGUACGGGUGGUAAUCGCAAUUCAGUUCCCGGGAUGGGAGUAUCUCCAAUGUUGGGAAAUCUUGGCCAACGGAUUACAAGCUCAGUAGGGAAUAUGGGCAAUAUGAUUGGAGGAGCUAAUAUUGGAAGGAAUGUGAGUGGAGGAUUAUCUGUACCCAAUAUCGCAUCCCGAAUGAAUUUGGCUGCGAAUACUGGAACAGGUACUCUUAACAUACAAGGAUCCAACAGGUUGAUCAGUGGCAUGCUUCAGCAAGCUCCACAAAUGGUUGGUAUGCUCGGAAACUCUUAUCCAACUUCUGGUGGAUCAUUAUCUCAGAACCAAGUGCAAGGAGGGAACAGUUCAUUAGGUUCCAUAGGGAUGCUACAUGAUGCCAACUUCAAUGAUAAUUCUCCAUUUGAUCUAAAUGAUUUUCCUCAAUUGAGUGGACGGCCUAGUUCUGCUGGAGGCCCUCAAGGGCAAUUAGGUGCCAUAAGAAAGCAGGGAGUUGGUGUUAGCUCCAUUGUCCAACAAAACCAAGAAUUUAGCAUCCAAAAUGAAGAUUUUCCUGCCUUGCCUGGAUAUAAAGGUAGCAAUGCAGAUUAUUCUACGGAUUUGCACCACAAAGAACAACUUCAUGACAAUGUGCCCGUGAUGCAAGCACAGCACUACCCUAUGGCAAGAUCUGCUGGUCUCAGUUUAGGUGGUAGCUAUCCGUCUAACCGUCAAAUACAACAGCAGAGUACUAAUUUGCCAGCGAACAAUCAAGAUCUUCUUCACUUGCAUGGUUCUGAUCUUUUUCCGUCUUCACAUGGAACAUAUCAUUCUCAGGUUCAAAAUACUGGAUCUCAAAACAUCGGACUGAGACCUCUUAACUCUCCAAAUCCUGCUUCUAAUUUGGGGGCUUAUGAGCAACUUAUUCAGCAAUACCAACAGCCACAAAAUCAAUCUCAACUUCGGAUGCAUCAAAUGUCUGCAGUUACUCAGUCAUAUAGAGAUCAAAGUUUGAAGUCCAUUCAGGGAGUUCAAAACCCUCCUGAUCCGUUUGGCUUGCUGGGUUUGUUGAGUGUGAUAAGGAUGAAUGAUCAGGACCUGGCAUCUCUUGCCUUAGGAAUAGAUCUGACAACUCUAGGAUUGAACUUGAACUCACCUGAUAAUCUUUAUAAGACUUUUGGUUCUCCAUGGUCCAAUGAACCAGCUAAAGGAGAGCCCGAGUUUUCUAUUCCAAACUGUUACUGUGCUGAGCAACCGCCUCCACUAUCAGCAAGACACUUUUCAAAGUUUCAGCUGGAGACACUAUUUUACAUCUUUUACAGCAUGCCAAAGGAUGAAGCUCAAUUGUAUGCUGCUAAUGAAUUAUAUUCUCGAGGGUGGCUUUAUCAUAGGGAUUUGAAAUUGUGGCUCAGAUGUAUGGAGCCCCUUGUCAAGACCCAAAUAUAUGAAAGGGGGUCCUAUCUUUGCUUCGAUCCAAACACAUGGGACACAUUUCGGAAGGAUAAUUUCGUUCUCCAUUAUGAGGCAUUAGAGAAAAGACCAACUCUUUCUUCUACCACCCUCAAUGGUAGAUAAAUUCUCUCCAUGUAAGGUUCUUCAGGACAAUUUGAUCCUUGAAAGGGUAAAAUGCAAAGAAUAUUCUGCUGCACUGACUUGAAUUGUACAUUGCUAUGGGUUGGACAGCGAGUCUUACACCGCGGAAUAGCAAAAUUGUUCGUCUAGGUCGGGAAGCUCGCCCAAAUCAUGUUCUAGAGAGAAGCCAUUGUCAGUUGAUUUGCCUGGUAGUUAAAGUUACAGUAAAUACAAGGUUUCACUGGGUACAAUGGGUUGACACUUUUUUUUGUAACAUUCUUCUACAACUACCUGAUUUUCAGGACUGUAUAUCAUGUUGUUCGUUUUUCUCUUCCAAUAACAUAUGUACAUCAUGUUUUAGUUUUCCGUUGCUUCAUUUACCGUAGUCAUGAGGAUGUUGAGUUUAUGUUCUUUUAAAAUAGAAAAUAGUGCAGUAGCAGAGCUCCUCUCUCUCUCUCUCUC